AUGUAUAAUUCCAAAUCUUUAUACCAAUAAGUAUCUCCAAGUAGUGGAAGAAUAUAAAAGAUAUCAGAAAAGUUAUCAACCAUAUAAAUUGGAGUAGAGAAUGAGAGAUUCUAAAAACUUGAAUAAGCUGAACAAAGAAUCCAAUAAGCUGAAGAUGAAUUUAAUGAAUUUUAAGAAUAAAUCUUUACUAAACUAAAUGGACUUAGAGAUUAAUUAGGAAAAUUGUAGAAAUAAGUUGAAGAGGAUAAAUUAGCAAAAGAACAGGCUAAUGAAACUAAAAAUAGAGAGGUGUCAGCUUUAGAAAAGAAAUUUUAAAAUUCAAUUGAAACUGAGGCUCAGUCCAGAAAAGAAGGGGAAUCUAAAGUGUUACAACUGAAGUUUCAGAAAGAAACAGCAAGCAGAGUUGAUGCUAUAGAGGGUAUUCAUCAAGGUUUGUAAAAUGAUUUACCAAAAAUUCAAGAGGCCAUCCGAAAUGAGGCUACUGAAAGAGAUGAGUCUGAUUAAAAUGUUAUGAAAUCAAUCACUGAUGAACUUGUCAAAUUAAGUAAUUUAAUUAAUGUGGAAAAGAGAAACAGAGAUGAAAGUGAAUAGUCCAUCUUUGAAAUUGAAAGUGGAAUUGGAUCAAGAAAAGAAGACGAGGGAGUAAUCGGAAGAGCAUCUUUUAAGUCUAUUAGAAGAUACUUGUAACAAAUUAAGUAUUGCAGCAAAUCUAUGAUCGAUUAUAUAAAUAUUUUAUAAUUAAAUUAUUCAUCUAUGUCAAAAGAAGUAAGAUCUAUUUCAGCACAUGACCCUAUGAUCAAGAAUGCAAAAUUCUAGACUUAAAGAAAUUAUUUGAAUGUUUCAAAAUUUUGGCCAGAAAACGAUUAUCAUGAUAAGGAGACUCUCUAUUUUCAAUUAAAGACUUUGAAAGAAGAAAUUAAUAUAAUGAGAACAGAGAAUAUCAAGUUAAAAACUCGCAUUUUAUAAUAAGAUAAAGAACUCUAGAAUUUUAAUAAGUAUUUUGAAGAUCAAUAAUUCAAACAGAAUCCUUUGUCUAAAAGUCAUGAGUACAUCAUUUAAUAGAUCAAAAAAUAAAAUAAAGAUUUAUAGCAGCUGUUAUAAGAGAAAUUGUAUAUCAUUGAAUAGAUGAAAAAAAAUAUAAAGGUUACAAAGGUUUAAGAAAUCUCGAUUCAAAAUUAAUUAUAUAAAGAAGAAAUUAACAAAUUGAAAAAGAUGCUGUUGGAUUAAGAAAACAACAAUAAAGAAUUCUUAAAUCAAUAGACAAUGAUCAAGGAGAAUUUCUUAAAAACCUAAUAAGGUUUUAUCAAAUAACAAAAUGAAAUUAAUGAUUUGAAAUAAUAAUAAUAAAAUGAUUAGUAGAAAAUCAAUUAAUUAUAAAAUGAAGUUACAAAAUUAAAUCAGAUUAAACUCAAUUUAGAGGAUAAAAUGAAAAGAAUGACUACAGAACAAAAUAAAAAGAGUUCAACAAACUCCUUUAGAAGUAAUAAACUUUAAGCAACAACUGAAAUAUCUUGUACUCAACUUAAAUCUAAAACUCAAGAUGAACUUUAAUAUAAAUUAAUAAUUAGAGGUAUCACACAUGAAUAAUUCACAUAAAUGAUCUAAGAAUUAAAAUAGCAGGCAUUUGAUUUAAAAAAGCAAAUUGAAAAGGAAGACAUUGAAUAUAUAUUAAGUUAAGAGCCUUUUAGUUUAGGUUAAGAUAGAAUAUAGGAAGUGAUUAAAUCAUUAUCAUAAUCUGGCAAUAGGUUGGCAGAUACUUUAUUGAAUUAAAUUGGAAAAUAUAAGACAUUUGUUGAUUAUCCUGAUUUUAAAAUUCAAGAAGCAGAGAAAAUCAUUAAAUAAACUCUAAAAUAGCCAGAAAUAACCUAGUAUCUAUAAACUAAACAGAUCUAACUCUGGAAUAAAGAAGAUGUUAUUCAAAUGAUAAAAUGUUUAAAGAUCAAUUGGAGUGAACCUGUCUUAUUGUUCUAUAUCUUGAAUAUAUUUGAAAAAUCUGGCUAAGUACUCGAAUUUAAAAAUGAGACGAUUAUUGACCCUUUUCCGUAAUUGAUACAGAAAGAGUCUUCAAGAAUAAUAGAAGAAAGUGAAGAAGACUUAUUUGAAUAGCUAUCAGAUAAAUCUGAAACUGUUAUAAUUUAAGAUACUGAUCAAUAUAUCACAUGA